AUGAGUAGUUCUACAAAUGGACAGAAUGAUGAGGUGGUUGAUGAAAUUAACAUGUACUAUGAUUGUCGGUACAUAUCAGCAUGUGAAGCAACGUGGAGGCUUUUUGGGUAUGCAAUACAUUAUCGGAAGCCACCUGUGGAAAGGUUAAAUUUUCACUUAGAGCACCAACAGAAUGUUGUCUAUGGUGAAGAUCAGACACUCGAUGAGAUUGUGGAGAACCAAACAGUUAAGCAGAGCCAAUUCACAGCUUGGUUUGAGGCAAAUAAGAAAUACGAAGAUGCACGUUCUCUCACUUAUGCAGAGUUCCCAAGUAAGUUUGUUUGGAAACAAGACCUGCGUGAAUGGCAACCAAGAAAGAGAGGAUUUUCCAUAGGACGAUUGUUCUAUGUUCCGUCAGGUUGUGGAGAAUUAUACUAUCUAAGAUGCCUUUUAAAUCUAAUACGUGGACCUUCAAGCCACGAUGAUAUACGCACUGUUGCUGGAGUCAUUCACAAAUCAUAUAGAGAUGCAUGUUAUGAAUAUGGUUUAUUAGAUGAUGACAAGGAGUACAUCGACGGCAUAACUGAUUCGAGCUACUGGGCUUCUGCGUCUGCUUUAAGAAGAUUGUUUGCUACGCUUCUGAGUUCAAGUACAAUCAGUAGGCCAGAGGUCGUAUGGGAUGCUGUUUGGGAAUUUCUUGCAGAAGAUGCACAGUUUCAUCAUCGACGUCGCAUGAACAAUCCAGAUUCCAAUAAGAAACAGUUUGCUCUUGUGGAAUUGGAGAAAUUGUUAUCUUUGUGGGGGAAGAGUCUGAGAGACUUUCCACAAAUGCCACUUCCAGAUGAAACCAACAUCGGGUUUAUGGAAAACAUGUUGAUAGCUGAAGAGUUGGCGUAUGAUAAGGAAUCAUUGAAGAUAGAACAUGAAACAUUAAUAACACAAUUGACAGAAUAG